GUAAUUUGCUAGUGGAUAUUCCAACACCACCAGAAACUUCAGUUCCAGUAACAUUACCUCCACACAACUGCACACACAAUGAAUUUGUCUGCAGUUCUGAUGGCCAUUGUAUUGAAAAAAUUCAGAAAUGUGAUUUCAGAUUUGACUGCCCUGACAAAUCAGAUGAAUCAACCUGUGUUGAGGAAGUUUGCACAUUUGAAAAAAGAGACUUGUGCAAAUGGUACCAGCCAAUCCCAACAAAUGUACAAGAUUCAAACACUUUUAGCUGGGGACUUGGAAAUGGGAUCAGUAUGCAUCAAGGGGAAGAGAACCACAGGCCUUCAGUAGAUCAUACGAACAAUACCAAAGAUGGCUGGUACCUGUAUGCUGAUAGUUCUAAUGGGAAAUUUGGUGACGUAGCUGAUAUCCUCACUCCUGUCAUGUCACUAACGGGACCAAAAUGCACCUUGGUGUUCUGGACUCAUAUGAAUGGUGCCACAGUCGGUUCUCUCCAGGUACUCAUCAAGAAAGGCAAUCUUACUUCCAAAGUGUGGGCUCAAACUGGACAGCAAGGUGCACAGUGGAAGAAAGUAGAAGUAUUUUUAGGCGUUCAUUCCUAUUCACAGAUUAUCUUCAGGGCAAGACGUGGAGUUAGUUACAUUGGAGAUGUAGCAGUGGAUGACAUUUCCUUUCAAGAUUGUUCUCCUUUACUUAGCCCAGACAGAAACUGUACUGCUGAAGAAUUCAUGUGUGCUAAUAAGUACUGCAUUCCAAAGGACAGGCUGUGUGAUUUUGUGAAUGACUGUGCUGAUAGUUCAGAUGAGACUACUUUCAUCUGCGGUACCUCCAUCAGGAGGUGUGAUUUUGAAUUUGACCUUUGUGCCUGGGAGCAGGAUCAAGAUGAGGACUUGGACUGGAGUCUGAAAGCUAGCAACAUUCCAACUACAAGCACAGAGCCAGCUGUGGAUCAUACCUUGGGAAAUUCAUCUGGUCAUUACAUCCUUAUAAAGAGGUUUUACCCACAACAACCCAUGUGGGCAGCCAGAAUAUCAAGCCCAGUUAUAAGUAAGAGAAGCAAAGACUGCAAGAUCAUUUUUUAUUAUCACAUGCAUGGUAGUGGUAUCGGGUCCCUCACCUUGCUCCAGGUAUCAGUCUCAAACAAAACAAAGGUACUCCUUAAUCUCACUGAAGAACAAGGCAAUUUCUGGCACAGAAAAGAGUUGUCACUGUUUGGUGAUGAGGACUUCCAACUUCAAUUUGAAGGCAGAGUUGGGAAGUGCUACCAUGGUAAUAUUGCUAUGGAUGACAUUGUGCUUACAAAGAGUUGUCUGUUGUCUCAUCAUCCCUUGAAAGAAGAAUUGGCUGUGCCUCUUCCAACAGGUUUCUGCCCACGUGGCUACCAGGAAUGUCAGAAUGGCAAAUGCUAUAGGCCAGAGCAAAGCUGUAAUUUUGUAGAUGACUGUGGAGAUGAUACCGAUGAAAAUGAAUGUGGUAGCUCCUGUACAUUUGAAAACGGCUGGUGUGGCUGGCAAAACUCCCAGGCUGAAAACUUUGAUUGGGUUUGGGGAACUGGCUCUAAUCAAAGCCAAAGACCUCCCAAAGACCACACACUUGGGAAUGAAAAUGGAUACUUCAUGUAUCUGGAGUCUACUCCAGUGGGCCUUCAAGGUGACAAAGCACACUUCAAGAGCGCCACGUGGCAAGAGUCCAGUGCCGCCUGCACCAUGAGCUUCUGGUAUUUCAUAUCUGCAAAAGCCACAGGGUCCAUUCAUGUUCUCAUUAAGACAGAAAAAGGACUAUCGGAAGUAUGGCAAGAAAGUAACCAGACCCCUGAUGAUCACUGGCAAAAAGCUGUCAUCCUGCUAGGAAAUUUAAGGAACUUUGAAGUUAUAUUUCAAGGUGUCAGAACCAGGGAUUUGGGAGGAGGAGCUGCAAUUGAUGACAUUGAAUUUCACAACUGCACAACUGUUGGAGAGACCUCUGAGAUUUGCUCAGAAGCCUCGGAUUUCUUGUGCCAGGACAAGAAGUGUAUUGCAUCCUACCUUGUGUGUGACUAUAAGCCAGACUGUGUUGAUAAGUCUGAUGAAGCUCACUGUGGAUAUUACACAAACACAACAGGAAGCUGCAAUUUUGAAACAACUUCAGGAAACUGGACCACAGUUUGCAGUCUUACACAAGACCUUGAAAAUGACUUGGAUUGGGUGAUUGGCAGCAGAAUUCCUACCGAAGCAUGGAGUGUAGACUCUGAUCACACACCAGGUAGUGGGCGGCACUUCCUGUAUGUCAACUCUUCUGGCCCUAAAGAAGGAUCCAUUGCAAGAAUCAUCACCACCAAAUACUUCCCAGCAAGCCUUGGAGUGUGUACCCUUCGGUUCUGGUUCUACAUGGUUGAUCCCCAGAAUUUGGGGAUAUUAAAGGUAUAUACCAUUGAGGAGUCAGGUCUAAACAUCUUAAUGUGGUCAGUGAUGAGAAAUAAAAGAACUGGAUGGACCUAUGGGCAUGUACCACUCUCUAGUUACAGUCCAUUUAAGGUGGCAUUUGAAGCUGAUUUGGGUGGAAAUGACACCUUCAUUGCCCUUGAUGACAUCACUUUCACCCCUGAGUGUGUGUCUGGAGGUCCUGUCACAAUACAACCAUCACUCUGUGAAGCUGAUCAGUUUGCUUGUAUCUACACACUUCAGUGUGUCCCCAUCUCAGGGAAGUGUGACGGGCAAGAAGACUGCAUAGAUGGAUCUGAUGAAAUGGGUUGCUCUCUCAGCCCUUCUCCGCUCUGUGGUAACAUGGAAUUCCAGUGUUCUGCAGAUCAUUGUAUCCCAUCCCUCCUGCUGUGUGAUGGAGUGGCUGACUGUCACUUCAAUGAAGAUGAAUUUGGCUGCUCCAAUAAGAGCUGUUCUGAAAGAGCUCUGGUGUGCACUUCCUCUGACAGCUGCAUCCCAGUUCACCAGCGUUGUAAUGGUGUGGCUGACUGCAUGGAUUUCCAACUUGAUGAGUCUAGCUGCUCAGAGUGUCCAGUAAGUUAUUGCAGAAAUGGUGGGAUAUGUGUGGUGGAGAAAAAUGGUCCUAUGUGUCGAUGUGGACCAGGAUGGAAAGGAAAUCGAUGCCACAUCAGGUUUAACCCUCCUACUUCAGAUUCCGUGUACACUCAGAAUAACACGUGGACUCUUCUGGGUAUUGGGUUUGCACUCCUGAUGACUCAUGCUAUGAUCACCAUCUUCUGUUUCAUUGCAAACAGAAAAAUAUCAGUAAGGAAAACUGAGGGAAGUGGUAACUGUUCCUUUAUCAAUCCAGUUUAUGGGAAUUGGAGCAACCCAGAGAAAACAGAGAGUUCUGUGUACUCCUUCGCAAAUCCAUUUUAUGGCAAAAAGCCAAAAAGCCUGGAAAUCAUGCUUCAUCAUCUCAAAUCAUAG